AACAGCGUCGUCGUUCUUGAACCUGAAUAUUCAAACGGCCGCGUAUUACAUGGUCUGAAAUCAAUCUUUCAACACACUUUGAUAAAGGAGAGUACGAGGACACUUGCUCUAAAAUGAGUUCUUCAUCUGCUGGAUCAAAUGGCAAUCAAUCCAUGAGGAAUCAUCCUUCUGUAUUCAGUGAUGAAAGUGUGACCUCUGACCUCAGUAUCAGCAAGAGCCAGACACCAAGAUCAGAGUCUCCAGAACCCAGCGGUGUGUCUGUGAAGAGUAGCAGAUCCAUGGAUGCACCUGUUGUAUUCAGUGAUGGAAAAGUGAUCUCUGAUCCUCUUAUCAGCAAGAGCAAGAGACCAAGAUCAGAGUCUCCAGAACCCAGCGGUGUGUCUGUGAAGAGUAGCAGAUCCAUGGACGCACCUGUUGUAUUCAGCGAUGGAAAAGAGAUCUCUGAUCCUCUGCAGGACAUAACUGAAACAGCCCUACAGACACACACACUGGAGACUGUAGACCUGCAGAGAGUCAAAGACCAGCUCAAAACCAGCAUGAAGAACAAGUAUGAGAGAUUAUUUGAGGGAAUCAAACUCCAAGAGAAUGAAACCCUCCUGAACAGGAUCUACACACAGCUCUACAUCAUAGAGGGAGAGAGAGAAGGAGUGAAUGAAGAACAUGAGGUUUUACAGAUGGAGAAAACAGCCAGAACACAACACUCACAAGACACUCCAAUCUACUGCAAUGACAUCUUUAAAGCUUCACCUGAACCAGGAUGUAAUGUGAUGUUCUAUGAGGAGGACCUGAUUGAGAGCAGCAUAGACGUCAGAGACGCCUCAGUGUAUUCUGGGAUUUGCUCUGAGAUCUUUAAGGAGGAAUAUCCUCAGAAGGAGGAAUAUUUCAGGAAGAGAAUCAGUGAGCAGCAUCAAGCCAGCAGAAUCAUCUCACACAUCAGAAGAGCAAGAAGCCUCCACAUCAUGUGCCACAUCCCCGUCUUCUGCUGGAUCUCAUCCACUGUGCUUCAGAAGCUCCUGGAAGAAGAUCUGAGUGCAGAAAUCCCUCAAACUCUGACUGAAAUGUACAUCCACUUCCUGCUGAUUCAGAUCAACAUGAGGAACCAGAAGUAUGAAGACAGAGAUCCAGAGAAACUCCUGCAGUCAAACAGAGAAGUGAUUGUGAAACUUGCUGAAGUGGCUUUCAAACAGCUGAUGAAGGGCAAUGUGAUGUUCUAUGAGGAGGACCUGAUUGAGAGCAGCAUAGACGUCAGAGACGCCUCAGUGUAUUCUGGGAUUUGCUCUGAGAUCUUUAAGGAGGAAUAUGUGAUUCAUCAGAGGAAAGUCUACAGCUUCAUUCAUCUGAGUGUUCAGGAGUUUCUCGCUGCUUUCUAUGUGUUUUACUACCACAUAAGCAGCACUACAGAAGCAUGCUUAGAUUCACUACAUAAUCUGCAUAAAAGAGCAGUAGAUAAAGCCCUUGAGAGUAAGAAUGGACAGCUGGAUCUGUUCCUGCGGUUUCUGCUGGGCGUCUCGCUGGAGUCCAAUCAGAGACUCUUACAGGAUCUACUGACACACACAGAGAACAGCUCAGAGAGCAUCAGGAAAACCACACAGUACAUUAAAGAGAAGAUCAAAGAUGGACAUGGACUCUCCACUGAAAGAUCCAUCAAUCUGUUCCUCUGUCUGCUGGAAGUGAAAGAUCAGACUCUGUCCAGAGAGAUUCAGGAGUUUGUGAAAUCAGACAAACACUCAGAGAAGAAACUCUCUCCUGCUCACUGCUCAACAAUCUCCUACAUGCUUCAGAUGUCGGAGGAGCCGCUGGAUGAGCUGGACCUCAAGAAAUACAACACAUCAGAUGAGGGGAGAAGACGACUGAUACCAGCUGUGAUCAACUGCACAAAAGCCCUUUUUGCUGGCUGUAAUAUCACUGCUCAGUGUUGUAAGAGUUUGUCAUCAGCUCUACAAUCCUCAAACUGUGUCCUGAGAGAGCUGGAUCUGAGUAACAAUGACCAUUUGUCCAUGUCUAAUAUCUUGUAA